GCGAUGUGAUGUGGAGCUUGAUUUGGCCUGUGCAAGCCUCCGAGGCUUCGCAAAUUGUGUCACACCCUCUAUUCAGAGCCUCUGGAAUCGCAUUAACAGAUCAAGCAUACAUUGGCUUUUAUUAUUCUUGCUGGCGGAACUGAGGUGUAGCAGAUGUAGACGUGAAUCAGGAAAUGACAUAGCCAGGUCUUCCAUGUUUACGCAGACGUGUGUUUCGCUAGUUUCUUCGAGGAGCUGUGCAGAGUGAAAAUACAAAGAACUUGACUUCUGUAAAGUUAUAACUCACCGGCAUUGAUAUAAUCAAAGUUAACAUCGUAUGCAUGGCAAAGCUUAAUAACCUUAUUUGGUAAUUCAAAUUAAGACUCGUUUUAGCUGACUACAUAGCGUUGCUAGCUGGCUAACGAUACCUAGCUGGCAUUCUCCACAAGGAGGCGGGCGGAAGUAGCUAAUGCAUGUUGGCUAGCAAACCUCUGUUCCGUUUGUAGUAUAUUUUGGUGGACCUAUGUUGUGAGUGAGUGACAAUAAGAUCUAGCCGUCUUUCGCCUUUGGAAGCAAGCCAUGGCUGAAUCCCAGAAAGCAGACCAUUCAGAGCAUACAGGAGAGCCAAACCAGGAGAUUGAGAAGCCAUCUCAGGCUGGAGCAGCAAUGGAUUCCGUGCACCCUGGAGCAUCACACAGCAAUGCACCCACAGCCUCGGCAGAUGGAAACAGUGGGGAUGAUGCUACCAAUGCAGUCAGUGCAAGUACCUCCUCAACUAUAGACGGGGCAGGGGAUGCUGGUAAUUCAGAAACUGUGAAGGAAACCUAUGCAGAGGAUUCAAAGACAGUGGAAGAAACGGUAAAAACAGAUGCCUCGCUGACUGUGGGAGAAACGUCCAGUAAAGAGGAUUCACAGACAGAAAGAGAAACAGUCAGUGUAGAUGCUUCACAGAAGGAAAGAGAAACAGCCAGUGUAGAUGCUUCACAGACAGAAAGAGAAACAGCCAGUGUAGAUGCUUCACAGACGGAAAGAGAAACAGCUAGUGUAGAUGCUUCACAGACGGAAAGAGAAACAGCCAGUGUAGAUGCUUCACAGACGGAAAGAGAAACAGCCAGUGUAGAUGCUUCACAGACGGAAAGAGAAACAGCCAGUGUAGAUGCUUCACAGACGGAAAGAGAAACAGCCAGUGUAGAUGCUUCACAGACGGAAAGAGAAACAGUCAGUGUAGAUGCUUCACAGACAGAAAGAGAAACAGCCAGUGUAGAUGCUUCCCAGACGGAAAGAGAAACAGCCAGUGUAGAUGCUUCACAGACGGAAAGAGAAACAGCCAGUGUAGAUGCUUCCCAGACGGAAAGAGAAACAGCCAGUGUAGAUGCUUCACAGACGGAAAGAGAAACAGCCAGUGUAGAUGCUUCACAGACGGAAAGAGAAACAGCCAGUGUAGAUGCUUCACAGACGGAAAGAGAAACAGCCAGUGUAGAUGCUUCACAGACGGAAAGAGAAACAGCCAGUGUAGAUGCUUCACAGACGGAAAGAGAAACAGCCAGUGUAGAUGCUUCACAGACGGAAAGAGAAACAGCCAGUGUAGAUGCUUCACAGACGGAAAGAGAAACAGCCAGUGUAGAUGCUUCACAGACGGAAAGAGAAACAGCCAGUGUAGAUGCUUCACAGACGGAAAGAGAAACAGCCAGUGUAGAUGCUUCACAGACAGUCGGAGAAACAGUUGGUACAGAUGCACCCCAGACUGUGGAAGAAACAGGCAAUACAAAUGCUUCACAGACUAACGGAGAAACAGACAGCACAGACAUACCCCUGGACAUGGGAGUAGUGGAUGCUGAUGAUGAGAUGGAGGUCAAUGCUAUCAAAGUGGAGGAUGACCAGAAACAGGAGGAAGACAACUUGGAGGGGAUGCCUGUAACAACUGCUGUGGAAGAGGGAAGUGACAUGGACUCUUUUAGCAGCAACUCCCUGGAUCAUGGGGAUGAGGUGGAGAAGAUGGACACCGGGACCGAUGCACUGACAGAGAAGCAGAUUGAGGAGCCCAGCAAGACCGGACAAGUGGACAACACUGAUUCCAUGCCUUCUAUUGUGGAUACAGAGGACACAGAGCAACCUGCUGAGCAGACCAGCUUUGAGGAGGCUCCACUAAUGGAGCAGGACCAUUCUGAAGAUGUCAAACCGUUUCACCCCAGUCCCACCUCUAGCGAAGCUAUUCUCCCUCAGAACAGAAAAGGCACUGGCAGUCCUGCAGGGCUGGAGAAUGGAGUGGCAGGACAGCCAGUCAAAGUUUCAGCCCAGUCUGCCCAGCCGACAGCAGAGCCUGUGUCCACCAGCGCUGACACCAUCUCCAUGGUGAAGGUGAAAGAUGAGCCAGUAGAUGAGGAGUAUGAUCAGGCCCUGGCUCCAGCAGUCCUCACAGAGGGCGUCAAGGAUGAACCAGACGCAGCAGAGGAGUUGAAAAUCAGUAACGUCUUCUCUGUGGGCGGCGCCCCUACCCCAAUCGCCACAUCCACGCCAGUAGCCGCCCUCUCCAAGACUGCAAUGCCUGCCUUGGCCCCGGCCUCCUCCUCCAUCCCUCCGCUGAUCCCCAUGGCUAUGCGGGUGGCCUGCUCGGCCUGUAACAAGGUGUUGCUGAAGGGCCAAACAGCCUACCAGAGGAAGGGCUCCUCGGACCUCUUCUGCUCCACGUCCUGCCUCACCUCCUACAGCCCCCCGCCCGUCGUCAAGAUGACUGCCCCCGGCCCGGCCAAGAAACCCUGCCACUACUGCCUCAAGGAGAUUGCUAACCCCAAGGACGUGAUCACAGCUCCUGUGGACACCAUGGGCACGGUGAAGGACUUCUGUAGCCAGACCUGCCUCUCCUCAUUCAACUUCAAGAGGAACACUGCAGUCUCCACCCUCACCACCAUGACUGGGGCCAUCAAGUGCAGCAUGUGCAAGAAGGCCUGCAUUAGUAAACACGAGGUGAUCUUCCAGGGCAGCAUGCACAGGCUGUGCAGUGAGGUGUGCUUCACGCGCUUCCGCUCCACCAACAAGCUGUCCAUGAACAGCUGUCAGAGCUGCAACAACUACUGCUACGGCAAGGUCACCGUGCUGGUCGUGCAGGGGGUCAAUAAGACCUUCUGCAGCGCCGGCUGUGUCACCACCUUCAAACAGAAAGCUAAGAAGCAUGUGGCAUGUACUAUGUGCCGCAACUUCCGCGCACCGGUGGAGAUGGUUGAGAGCGCCGACUCUGACGGCAAGCUGGAGAUGUUCUGCUCUACUGGCUGUGUUACAGCCCACAAAGUACAGACCGUCAGCUCCUCAGGUGCUCAGGUAGAGUGCAACGCUUGUGGUCAGAAGACGGUGCCCUCCUUCCACCUGGCCAUGUCGGACGGCUCCAUCCGGAACUUCUGCACCAUGAACUGUGUCGUCACCUUUCAGGAUCAGUUCAAUAAGAGCAACACCCAGAGUCAGAUGAACGUGGCCCCGAGCACAGGGACCACAGCUCCCACCGCGGCCCCGGCCCAGACCAGGGACAGGGGAUCCCAAGGGACCAGACUGCCCUGCUUCCAGUGCCACCGCCUCUUCUCCUCCAAGCCCGAGCUCAUUCAGUUCAAGGAUAAGAUGGUAUUCCUCUGUUCAGUAAAUUGCUCUGAGGAGUACAGAAAGAUCAACUACGAGAUGGCGCGCUGCGAGUACUGCAAGAUUGAGAAGCCAGCCAAGGAGGUCAAGAGAAUCAACAAGAGGGACUACAGCUUCUGCAGCGAAGGCUGUAAGCUGCUCUACAAGCACGACCUGACCAAGCGCUGGGGGAAACACUGCAGAAACUGUGCCUACUGCGCCGCCACCGCGCAGAAGGCCAUCACAGGCCAGUACGGAGGCAAGAUGGAGGAGUUCUGCUCGGACGAGUGCAAGUCCCACUACACCCUGCUCUUCUGCCAGGUGGCCAAGUGUGACGCGUGUGAGCGCCAGGGGAAGCUGAUUGAGACCCUGCCGAUGCUGGGCGAGGUGAAGCACUUUUGCAACCUCCAGUGUCUGCUCGACUUCUGCAGCCUGCAGACCCAGAACCAGGGCAAGCCCCAGGGCCAAAAGGUGGCCAUCUCAAUCGCUCCAUCCCCCUCCAAUACUACCACUGCUACGAGCAUGUCUGAUCCAGUCAUCGCCAAUGUAGUCUCACUAGCCAGCUCCCCCAUUGGCCAGCCCAACUACACCACUACUGCACUGCAAGGGACUGUUCAAAGCAGACAUGUGAAGUAUGUUGGAAAUGCCAGCACACAGACACAGGCUCCUCGGGCCCCUCCACCCAAGGCUCAGAAGAACAAGGCCCUGCUCUGUAAACCCAUGGUCCAGAACAAGGGCAUCAUGUGUAAACCCAACUUCACCACCACAGGGUGCCAGACAGAUGAUAAUUUCCCCAAGGUGAUCAUAGUGCCUGUCCCAGUACCAGUGUAUGUCCCAGUCCCCAUGAACCUGUACACCCAGUACACCCCCCAGCCUGUUGGACUCCCCAUACCGCUGCCCGUGCCCAUGUUCCUGCCGGUGACCCUGGACAACGCUGAGCGCAUCAUGGAGACCAUCCAGGACAUCAAGGAGAAGAUCCCCUCUGACCCGUUCGAGGCAGACCUCAUCCUCAUGGCCGAGAUGGUAGCUGAGGAGGGGAGGGAGAAGUCCCCACAGCGACCCCCUGAAAGGCCAGCCCCAGCAGUACAAGACGAUAUGAGAAGUUUGCCUCGCCUCACUACUAUAGAUUCCUCUUUUUUAACCCUUAUUGUAGACCAGGGCAGCACCUACAGUGGAGACCUGGACACAGAAGAACUGAGCAACUUCCUCACCACUUGGGAUGACGUGCCACCCCCCACCCCUGGCGUCUCCUCGCGCCAAAGUCGACCCUACGCCCACGAGACACUCCGACCCAUCAUGGACAUCCAGUCUCCCACCACCCCCCCACCCCCCAUCAUGGACAUAGAGGCUGACUUCCCUGUCCAAACCCUGGAGCUGAUGGCCCAUUGGAGGGAUCAGGAGAGGGAUAGAAGUCCCAGUCCUCCACCUUCUCCUCCACGACGAAGAGCCAGAAGGAAAGCUCGGGAUGGCUUGCCACAGAAGAAAAAGAGGCGUAAGUCGAGAGCAGCAGAGACUGGAUCAGUGGUGGCGUCACUGGGUGAGGCACAGAGUGACGUGGUGCCCGGCGAGCCCCCUAAACUGCAGCACGUGUACGGGGUGGACGCCUGGAAGAGAUGGGUCCAGUGGAGCAAGACCCAGCCUGACCUGGAGAAGCCUCGAUUUGGCUCGCGGCCAAUGGAGAUAAAGGAGGAUGUUUUAAAGUGCACUACAGCGGAGCUGGGCUACGGUCUCUGUCGGUUUAUCUGUGAAGUUAAACGACCCAACGGAGAGUCCUACAGCCAGGACAGUCUGUUCUAUCUCUGCCUCGGCAUCCAGCAGUACUUAUUUCAGAAUGGGCGCAUGGAGAACAUAUUCACUGAUCUCUUCUAUGGCAAGUUCACGCUGGAGAUCACCAAGCUGCUGAAAGGCUUCAAACCUACCAUAACGGCCAGUGGCUACCUGCACUCGCGGGUGGAGGAGGAGUACCUGUGGGACUGUAAACAGCUGGGGGCCUACUCUCCCAUUGUACUGCUCAACACGCUGCUCUUCUUCUGCACCAAGUUCUUCCAGUUCAAAACAGUGGCCCAGCACCGCCAGCUCUCCUUCGCCCACGUCAUGCGCUGCACCAAGUCCAUCCACGACAACACCAAGUCCAACUUCCUGCGCUUCUACCCGCCCAUCCCCAAGAAGGACCUGGCUACCGAAACAGCAGCAGAUGCAGACGGUGUGGCAGCGAAGAGGAAGCGGGAUGACGAGGAGAAAGAGGAGGUGCUGGAGAUGAUGGAGAACAGUGAGAAUCCCCUCCGCUGUCCUGUCCGAUUGUAUGAGUUCUACCUCUCCAAGUGCUCGGACUCUGUGAAGCAGCGCACCAACGUGUUCUUCCUGCUACCGGAGCGCUCAUGCGUCCCCAACAGCCCCAUGUGGUUCUCCUCCCAGGGCCUGGACGACCACACUCUGGACACCAUGCUGACACGCAUCCUCACCGUCAGGGAGAUCCAUCUGGGAGACCCCCAGAGGAACAAGCCCCAGUCCAAGGACCCUGAGUGGACCCCCGACCAACACAGCGACAACUCGGAUUGACCAUGAUGAGUGGUACACACAGUUAAGCUUUUGUUUACACACUCACACUACGUGUUGAUCCGUAAGGACUCCUGGGAUCCACCUCCAGCCGUGUGUGAAGAGGAGUGUGUUCACACAGUUAUAAACUGAGAAUGUGUCAUGUACACACAUUGUGUAGGAGAUGUGUGUACACGCAAUUAUAAACUGAUGCUCAACUGCUCAAUGGAGACACUGUUCAUGCUGUCUGGUCACUACAAGGCAAAUGGAGGAAAAAGUAGGAGAAAUCACUUUAAGAACCUCCAUACUGCCUUUGUCAGCAUUAUUGCGGUCAUAGAGAAAAACAAGUCUGGUUAACAAGCUCUUUAACUUCACCAUAGGAGAGAGACGAUGCUCUCCAGCACUAUUAACAUGGACUCAGAUUGGGAAAAUGGUAAAAAGAUUUGAAGAAGUUGGCAAUCCCAUAUCUGACCAGGCCCUUUCUACUGCUUAUAUUCCCUGUCUUCUCUUUCUGUAUUGGAUCACUACAGAAAUUACGAUGUAUUGAAAAGAAUGCCAGUGAUUACAGUCAGUAAAGUUGUUUUAUGUGAUUUUGUAUGUUAAAGAAAAUAUGAAGACUAUUUCUGGGAUUAGCCUUGUUGUUUUGGGAAUUAGAUAAUAUUGUACUAACACCGAAUUAUAUAAUUUGCUGUCAGUGGUGUUGUCCAUUGCCUACUAAAAUGGAUGGCUGGCAGACAUUCCUUGAAUUGACUGUGAGUUAUAUUUGGAGUCAUAUCAACUUGUCAAAAUGCUUGAUGUCACAUCAGUGCUCCCACAUGCAUACACAAGCAAGCAUGUAUAAUGUUGGAGGAAAGAAUGUGUCAUUCUGUGUUUCCUUAUUUAGAACACUUGUGAUGUCAGGAAAGAGGACCUAGAAUUGUUUGUUCAUUUGGAAAGACAAGCAUUUACCUUGCAAGUGCUCCCCAUACUAGUUCAAAAUUGCUUUUUUUAAUAAAAUAUUAUUUUUAAAUAAAUGCUGAAAAACAAAUGUU